AUGUCUUCGCUGUUCGAAAAAUACGGAGGUGAUCCUUUCUGGCGCAGAGUUCUCGACGAUUUUUAUAAUGUAAACAUUACUGACCCUGCACUGCAAGCAUAUUUCGUUGGAAGGGAUGUAGAGAGAGUGAAAGCUAUGAAUGCAGGUCUACUCAAGGCCGCACUUGGUACCGCAGAAAACCACUUUUUUACUUCAAUUAAAAGAGUUCAUGUCGGAUUGGCGAUUAGCUCUCCUGCAUAUGAUAGAUUUGUUUCCAAUUUGUUUCAAAUCUUAAGGGAUAGAGGUGUUACUCAGGAAGAUUUGGAAGAUAUAAACGAUGUUGUCUCAUCCUUUAGAUCAGAUAUCGUUACGAUAUAA